AUGGAACUUAUAAAAAUUGAAGAUAAAUUUAAUAACUAUAAACAACACAUUUUAGAGUUAGAAGACAACAUAUACAUAAUCACAACCACUCUUGAUUUUAAGGGACAAGUACAACUCUACCAAUUCGUUAUCAAUUACAAAACCAAGGAAGUGCUCUAAAAAAAGUAACUCAAUAUUUAGUUCAAAAUGGCUUUAUUCAUCCAAACCUCCAUGGUUGGAUAUUACACUAUAAAUGGUCUCCUUGGCUGUCUAAUUGGCAUUCACAAUGGAAGACUCUUUUAGAUAAGAGAAAACAAAGUCGAUGAAAUUUGUAUUAGUGCAGUAGCAAUCAAUCAGAUUGAAUUGAUAUCGGAUUCAUUAGCAUUACUCAGUUCUGAGAGUGGACAAAUCAACUUAUAUGACAUCUACACUCAAACUACUAUCUUCUUGUUUAAUGAGUACCUAAGCACUCCACUCAAGUAUUUUCGCAUAAGAUAUUUCUAUGAUACCGUAAUCCAGGGGAAACAGGAUGGGCAAAUGACUUACUUCAUUUUCAAUGAGAAUAUGAAACAGAUUCUAGCCAAUAGAGACAAAAACAUACAGAUGAACAAAUUUGUAUAACAUCAAAAUAUACUCAUUUCACAACCAAAUUGCAGACUGUAUGUUACAGGUCAGAAAUUGCUGGAUUUCGAGUUGUAUGGAGAUGUGAUGAUAAUUUUGGUUGAACAACAAAUCGAAUAUCUAUUAAUCGACGUGAAGAAUCAGGAAUACAUUCGAUUGAGAGUGUUCCAAAUUUCUCACAACAUUACUUAUUUUUAAGUGUGCAAUGACUCCCUACUAUUACACAAUGAGUCAAGUGUUUUGAGCAUGGACAUGAACAAAGGAGAAAUACGAAAUCAAUUAGAUCAGAAAGGUACAUUUAUGAAUUUACUUACAUAUGUAAAAGACAAUAAAAUUUUAUAUAAAUGA